AGCAACAAACGCUAAACAAAGUGUUGCUGAAUAUUAUCGCAAGAUGUCGGAAUCGCCGCACGAAAACGCAAAUGAAAUGGAAAUGGAUUUUAACAGCAAGACCAAUCUUACAGAACCUAAACAAGAGGGCAGAAGAUGGACUUCGAGAGAGAAAUGUUUGGGUUUUGUCCUCUUUUUCUGCGCUGUUGCCGUAGUUUUGUUGGUCUUGAUUUUGGUCCUUGGGGUAUACGGUUUGGUUCACAUAUUCCCCUCGAGUUUAACUUCGCAGACGACAUUGCCACCCAGAGCCGCGUCCCUUUAUUGUAUGACACAAGAAUGUAUUAAAUCUGCGGAUGCAAUUUUGUCAAACAUCAACGUCUCUGUCGAUCCCUGCGAAGAUUUUUUUCGUUUUUCGUGUGAUGGAUGGUUAAAGAAGAACCCAAUUCCGGACUCCCAAAGCAGUUGGAACAACUUUAAUUUAUUUGACAAGAAAAUCAAGUCGAAAAACAAAGAGAUUUUACAGAAACCUUCGGAGCGGAAUUCUAGCGAAUCAUUUGAGAGGAAAGUUAAGUUACUUUAUCUAAGUUGCAUGGACACGAAUGCCAUCGACCGAGUCGGUGCGAAACCGCUUCUUGAAGCCAUCAGCAAGGCAGGUGGUUGGAAAACCAUAGGUACUUGGGAUCAAAGCAAUUGGAGUUUACGGGACAGUGUGACCACCCUCCUGUACGAUUAUUUCGUUCAGUCCUUCGUUGGAAUAAGCAUGAAGGCAGACGACAAGUCACCAGAUGUCAAUAUUAUAAUGAUCAAUCAAAAGAGGCUCGGAAUGAGAGACAGAGAGUAUUACUUCGAAAAUGAAACCGAAAGUAAGUUCAUAAAGGGUUACAAGACCUACAUGACGACACUGGCUGAACUGCUGGGCGCAACGAAGGAAAACGCCACUGAUUUUGCCAACGAGGUGUUCGACUUUGAAAGGGAAUUGGCAAACAUUUCGUUUCCGUCUGAUGCCCCAGAAAAUUUGGAUCCUAGUCUUCGAUAUAACAAAAUUACUGUGGAAGACCUUCACAGUCUUCUUCCUCAGAUCAACUGGACCCAGAUCCUGGCCACAAUAGACGUGGAGGUUGACCGCCGUACUGCUGUUAUAGUAUUCAAUAAAGAAUACAUGACGAAACUUUCAGCACUGAUUGACAGGACGGAUUCAAGCAUCCUCAGCCAAUACCUCGUUUGGGCUUUGGUGCAAAAGCACGCGGUAACUUUGUCAAAGGAAUUUGAAAAGGCGAGAGACGAAUUCAGGAGAACAUUUUAUGGGGCUGGUCCGAAAGAGCGUUGGGAGAAAUGUGUGACGUACGUUGGUAAUAUGAUGGGCGAUGGGUUAUCCUCACUGUAUAUCAGGAAGCACUUUUCUAAGGAAUCCAAGGAAGAGAUAAUAGACAUGAUAAAGGAUAUUUUGCAAGUGUACGAGGAACGCAUUGACCAACUGACAUUCAUGGACGAUCCUACCAAGAAAAACGCCAAAGCAAAGCUGGAGGCCAUACAGUACAAAAAGAUCGGGUUUCCAGACUUCAUGCUCAACGACACUCACAUGGAUCUUAGAUACAGACAAUAUGAAAUCAAAUGCUCCGACUGCCAUUUUCAAAAUAAAAUUGACGCCUUCCGUGGAGCACGUGCUUAUCAGCAAGAGGAGUUCAAGAAACCAGUUGAUAAAGAAAAAUGGUUUUUAAAGCCCAUUGAUGUGAACGCCUACUAUAGCUCAAAGCAUAAUGAAAUGGUUUUCCUUGCCGGUAUUUUGCAGCCACCAUUUUAUGCUCCUUAUUUCACAAGAGCAAUGAAGUAUGCGAGCAUUGGAAUGAUUGUAGGACAUGAAAUAACGCAUGCUUUUGAUAAAAGAGGCUCUCAAUACGACAAGGAUGGUAAAUUGCAAAACUGGUGGACCAAUGAAUCUCGAAAAGCAUAUGAAGAAGCCACAGAAUGCUUUUCCACUUAUUUUUCCAAAUACGAAGUCUCCGGAUUCCAGGUAAAUGGGGAACUGACUGUAACAGAAAACACCGCAGACACCGUUGGACUGCGUGUUGGUUAUGCGGCCUACAAGACGUGGGUCUCCAGAAACGGCCCGGAGAAAAUGCUGCCAGGAGUGAACAGAACCCCAGAGGAGUUGUUUUUCAUAGCAAACUCAGCGUUAUGGUGCGGCCACACUAGGUUAGAGAGAUUAAAGCUGAGCAUCUUGAGCAGCGUACACGCCCCUCUCGCAGUGAGAGGACAAGGGCCCGCCUCUCAAACGCAGGGAUUUGCCGAAACAUACAAAUGUGGUCUCGGCUCACCUAUGACCCCUGCCAAGAUUUGCAAGAUUUUCUAGAACAACGGAGAACUUCUGGGAUAACGGUCAAGCAGAUAUGAAACAGCUUGCAAUGUUUAAUUGGUAGAAAUCCAUGAUAAUCCAUUCAUAAAUGGAAAUAUAUGUCACCAGUGUAAUAAAUAAUGAAAAUGAUAAAAAUUCGAUUCUGUUCAGAGCACUUUACAAUAAUAUAUAAUAUUAGAUGCAAGCAAUAGAGAGGGAAACGACUAUUAGAACAAAUUGAUUUAUAAGAUGUAGAAUCAAAUGUCCGUUGUUUUAUCAAGUUCAUUAAAAGUUGAUUAGUAUGAGAUACGCCUCAUGAUAUAACUCAUUAUACUUUUUUAUCUUCAGUUUUCAUAACUUAAAGUAAAGUUAAGUAGGCUCAGUAUAGAUAGUGAUUUUAAGAUAUUUGCAUACACUGUAUAAUAAAUUCCAUGGUCAUAUAAUGGUGCUAAACUAACUGGUUAUUUUUCAUGUAGAAAUCUUCAUGGUAAAGUGGAACUGGUUUUAGAUAAUAUGCAAUAAGGUUUGUCAGUCUAACAAUUGUCUGUUAUUUAAAACAAGGCAGCAAAGCUGUCAAAUGUACAGACAAAAAACAGAAAA